GAAAGAAGAUUUCUACGAUUAUUGCCUCUCAAUAAUUCUUUCAUUAACAAACACUCCUUUUUCUAUUGAGAAGAUCUGUACGCAACAAAAUUCUUCUAGGAUUUUUCAGUUCAAGAUGGACAUCACAGUCUCGAAAUCUUGGUACAAUGGCCGCACUCUGCCCUCUGAAAACCCCCCAAAGAAUCGAAAACUCCAAAACAAAUUGAACACGGGAACACAGUCAAGUACAUUAUCCAAUGCUAGUGAUACCACAUUCACCGCCAGAGAAAAUCCUGCUCCUUCUCGAGUCUCAACAAAUCAUGUUCAACGUCUUGAAAGUCUCGCAAUUCAAGCAGAGCAUGAUCAAGAUGAAGAAAAUGGCUUUGGAAUCAACAAUCAAACCCUGGAUCAAAGGCUUCCAAUGACGAUGACUCUUGAUGAAUCUAUCAAGAAUUCUCCCCCAAAGCGCUCCCGAUGGCACGAAAUGUUCGAGGCUCGACACCGAAUGGCCGCUCCGAAGAAUGCUGCAACUAAUUCCAAUGGAAAAAAACCACCAUUGAGUCUGUUUGGAAAUGCCUUGCCCAAAUGGUCGCCGGCAAACGGCGCUUCUUGUCAGAUGGUGGGCUCUAAAAAUGCUUCGGGUCCAAAAUCACCACCAGCUAAAACCCCCCGUUCAAAUGACACCAAGUUGUUUAAAGCAUUUCUGAAUCGUGGUGAUCAAGCAGCACCUUUCUUCAUCUCCCCCACUGGUACCCACCAACAAUUGUUUCCGGUCUCUACACGCUCAUCCCAACAUGCUUCUGCAAUUAUUCCAUCCAAAAAUCCUCAUGAAGUUACCAGCGCUGCCGGCUUUGUCUGUGUAGUUCAACCAGCCCAAACAGUUCAAAAGAAUCAAACAGCUGCGCAGAAUUUCAGAACUGUUCGUUCAAUGAACAGUUCCCGAAGCAUCAAUUUGAGUUCUCCCGCCCAUACAAGUACUAUGACUAGUUACUCUACGACUCCUAGUGCUGAUGCUUGGACCCUUGCUGACCGCAGUUUCGACACUUCUGCCUCCCAGUACACGGGUCAUACUCGGAUGACAUCUAUAUCUGGAAUUUCUGUAGGCAAGAGUCAACACUCUCGGAUGGCAUCCACGUCAACAGGAUUUGGUAACUUCUCAUACCAGCCUGCCAUCAUGGAGAAUGUGAAGAUGACCACCGGCGCCGUGGUUGAUUCAUCAGUUGAAUUCAGCAGCUUUAAUCAAAUUGCUCCAGAGAUUCUUCCAGUCUCAAUGGAAUACUUCACUCAAAGUUUGAACGCUGAGCCAACAACUGCAUUUGUUCCCCAGCCUACACCAAUGGUUAUGGAUGGCAUGUUGAUGCCGCAAGUCACAAUCCCGGAUCUCUCUCACUUGGUGAAGAAGUUCCGUCCAACUAACAUGCUUCUCCGAGAGCAAGGUAUGAUUCCGGACCACUCUCGUCACGAUACCAAUUAUGAGGGUGACGAGAAUCAUCCCGAUCUACUUGAUCUUCCAGAGAACAUCAAUUGUUGUAUGUGGAUCAUCAACAUUCCGGAAGAGAUUGGAUAUGGCGAAUUCAUGCAAAUUCUUGAUUGUGGUGCCGUUGCCGCACUUUCAAUGGUUGAACCUCAGAAUGGUCACAAAACAAAAGCUGCAAAGGCAACUUUCAAGACCAACGCCGGUGGUACCGAGCUCUACCGUCGUGCUCGUAACAAGGGUGGUCUUCGCAUUCGUGGACGCAAGAUCAAGGUCUGGUACAAUGACUACGGCGCAUACGAGUGGAAGGGCCCUGAGACUCGCUUCCUGGAGAUUGAAGCACCUACGUUACUUGAUGAGAUUUUCUGGCAUGGCUAUUUCGGAAGUUGGUGCAAGUACAUCAUCAUUUCUGUUACUUCAAUGCCAUGUAGAAAGUAUGGCUUUGCAUGCACAAGGUUUGAGUUCGUGAGAAUUGCUGGACAAGCACAGACUUGCUAUCAGGCAAUUCAGAAGGACAUGUCAUUCCUAGGACAGGUACACGUCCGAUACGGAAUUGAUAAUAAUGAGAUCUGAUGGGGAUAAAGGCGACUGAGUGAGGGGGUGAAGUGGUUCAAUGGGCUUCAUUCGAAUGUUCGAGUUUGGAAGCGAUCAAGGUACUGGCUAACGGGUCUGAAUAUUGGAUUUCUGUUACUAAUGGGCCUUGCUGGCAAUAAAUAUCGAUACCGAUACACUGAGAACACAAUAAAUUUCUCAAAGAUAUUCGUGACAUAGGAAAACAAGAGAGCGAGUUCUCUCACGUUUUCAAACCGACGAUGUGCCCAGCAGAUCCAACGCCGAGAUCCAAAAGCUGGCCAAAAUCAAUAACAGAAAAUACACCGACUACAAUCUUGGAGUGGUUUUAAUGUCAGAUAAGAAUUCUCAGAAAUACACAUACAUACAAAAAACGGUUAGGAUAUUCCCCAGAACUUACAGGUUAGGAAACCGUAACAUCACAUCGGCAGCCCAUUUUCAUGCUGGUUUUGAAAUGGCUUCUGUCCCGCUGGAUUCAAUGAAAUUUUGGAAUAAACACCGAACUUUCCUCCUACA